AUGGCACCAAAGCGACGGUGUCCGGUGUGUGGUUCAAAGCAAUGGCAUAAGGAACCAUCCAGCGGGCUCAUCACAUGCAGUGAAGGCCAUGUUCUCCAGAACUAUAGGAACGAAACAAGGGAAGUCACGGAGCUUGGUCCACAUGCCCUUCGGAAGAGGACGCUCAAGUCCGUCAGGAAGAAACGAGAAAAGCUCAGCAAGGCGGACCCCAACCUAUACCAUGGCGAACGGGCGCGCUUUCACUACUUUCAGUGUUUGCAGCUCAUCUUGCGUAUGCAAAUCAGCGCUCUCAUCGAAGCGUGGGGCUUACCUCCCGAGUUUGAGAUCAUAUGCAAAGACAUAUGGGCGUUGCAUCUUAGCCUCCUGCCGAAGCCACCACCAGCAGAGCCCCUUCGCUUCAGGCAAGACCGGGAAACUACGGAAGAAUCCGAGGCAAGAGCUCGUCCUCAAAGCACGCUGGCUCCAGACGACGCUAGUGAUGGCGAGCAAGAAGCGGAAGAACUCCAUGGUGAUGCUGCGCGAGCCUCUUCAUCCUCUUCAUCUGCGAGCGACGAAGAGGAUGAAGAUCCCGCGAUUGCCGAGCUCAUGCGGGAGAACUCUGAAACUUCUUCCUCAGAGGAAGAUGCACCUCGCCCUCGGGCUCCUACUGAAAAUGCCAAGAAGAAACGUCCUGAUCGGCAAUUUGACGCUCCCGCAAGCACUAUCGCUGUGUUAAUAGUAGCUUGUUGGACGCUACGCCUUCCCGUCACACACAUGGACUUCAUCAAGCUGAUUGAGGCAUACAAGCUGCCGUAUAUGGAUCCCACACGUUUGCUUCCAGCAGGCCUGACGGUGCAUCUGACGAAGCACGUCGUACAGGCGUUGUCCCCGAAGCACGCGCCGUCACCCAUUCUUCUCCACGGGCUCGCUUCUAGGCUUGCACGGUUGAUGCACUCAGAGUACGGAGUGUACACGCCCGAAAUGAAUUCUUCUCCGUUGCUCUGGAGAGCCGUGCGUGCAACUUGCGGGACACCGACGCUCUAUGUGAUGUCAAAAAAAGUGGCGCGCGUUCUCUCGGUGCCUGUAAUGCUACACCGAUCACUAGCCUCCCCGCUCGCGCGCACCAAGAAACGCGAUCCUGAGUUUCAUAAGUACGAUAGCAUCGUGCCUGAAGUCGCGCUCAUAUCCGUUGUGAUCGUCGUCCUCAAAAUGGUCUACGGUCUUGAUGGCAAGGAAAGGCAAGGUGGCCCGAUACAGGACCCUGCGUGUGCAUUACCAUUAUUAACGGAAUUUCUUCAAUGCAUCAAGGAGGUCGACGAAAAGCAUGAGGAUCAUUUCGAACAUACACGGCCACUUAAACAUCGUAGAUCGGCUCUGGAUUUGGACGACUCUGCGAUUGACAGAUACCUCGACUUCUGCGAGACAGCUUUGCUACCUCGUGAAGACCAGAGAGAUGGUACGUUGGCUCACCGCUUACCAUGGAGCUGGAUAUCUGAGCGAUAUUCUAUUCCUGAAGAGCGCGCACAACGUGCAUCACUUCCUCCUAUGCCGUUGAACGAAGACGCCACCGGCCUCCUUCCAGGCCAAGCCUACGCUGUCUUCAACACGCAGGACGUUUUAGGCGCACUCCCCGAACAGUACGAGACUGUGAUUGCGCGAGCAGCACAGUGGUCCGGGGUGAACGAGAGCUAUGUGGCUAGCGUCGUGGAGCGGUUUGAAAGAAGGCUGAUUCGCUGGUGGGACCAACUGAAACGAAGGGAACGGGACGGGCGAAGGGGCAAGAGUGUUGGGAGCGCGGAGCGGGAGCUGAGCCCAGAGGUCUGA